AUGAACAUACCUUUAUACGAUAUGAACAUACCUGUAUACGAUAUGAAUGUACCUUUAUGCGAUAUGAACAUACCUUUAUACGAUAUGAACAUACCUGUAUACGAUAUGAACAUACCUGAAUACGAUAUGAACAUACCUGAAUACGAUAUGAACAUACCUGAAUACGAUAUGAACGUACCUGUAUACAAUAUGAACAUAAUUUUAUGCAAUAUGAACAUACCUUUAUACGAUAUGAACACACCUGUAUACGAUAUGAACAUACCUGAAUACGAUAUGAACAUACCUGAAUACGAUAUGAACAUACCUGUAUACGAUAUGAGCAUACCUUUAUGCGAUAUGAACAUACCUGUAUACGAUAUGAACAUACCUGUAUACGAUAUGAACAUACCGUUAUACGAUAUGAACAUACCUGAUUACGAUAUGAACGUACCUGUAUACGGUAUUAACAUACCUGUACACGAUAUGAACAUACCUGAAUACGAUAUGAACGUACCUGUAUACGAUAUGAACAUACUUGUAUACGAUAUGAACAUACCUUUAUGCGAUAUGAACAUACCUUUAUACGAUAUGAACAUACCUGUAUACGAUAUGAACAUACCUGAAUACGAUAUGAACAUACCUGUAUACGAUAUGAAUGUACCUUUAUGCGAUAUGAACAUACCUUUAUACGAUAUGAACAUACCUGUAUACGAUAUGAACAUACCUGAAUACGAUAUGAACAUACCUGAAUACGAUAUGAACAUACCUGAAUACGAUAUGAACGUACCUGUAUACGAUAUGAACAUAAUUUUAUGCAAUAUGAACAUACCUUUAUACGAUAUGAACACACCUGUAUACGAUAUGAACAUACCUGAAUACGAUAUGAACAUACCUGAAUACGAUAUGAACAUACCUGUAUACGAUAUGAGCAUACCUUUAUGCGAUAUGAACAUACCUGUAUACGAUAUGAACAUACCUGUAUACGAUAUGAACAUACCUGUAUACGAUAUGAACAUACCUGAUUACGAUAUGAACGUACCUGUAUACGAUAUUAACAUACCUGCACACGAUAUGAACAUACCUGAAUACGAUAUGAACAUACCUGUAUACGAUAUGAACAUACUUGUAUACGAUAUGAACAUACCUUUAUGCGAUAUGAACAUACCUGUAUACGAUAUGAACAUACCUGUAUACGAUAUGAGCAUACCUGAAUACGAUAUAAACAAACCUGAAUACGAUAUGAACAUGCCUGAAUACGAUAUGAACAUACCUGUAUACGAUAUGAACAUAUCUGUUACGAUAUGA